AUGUGGAACCACAACACACAUCCCCACCACCACAACAACAACAGUUCCUCAUAUCACUACUCCUACACUGACUACUACAACCUCAACAUCGACAACUCCACCUACAACAAACACAACAACUCAGACUCCCAGCUCUGGUUCGACCCCAACCACUACUCCUACAUCAACCUCAACAGGAGUAUCUGCUAUGGUUGGGGAGACCCUCACUAUGUCACCUUUGAUGGAACAUACUAUGGCUUCCAAGGAAAUUGUUCUUACGUCUUGGUCAAAGAAAUCCUGCCAAAGUACAACUUCAGUGUUAUUUAUGUAAACCAGAAACGCAUCAUCCCAGCAUAUGAGACCAAGGACUUCCGCAUCACAGACAACGGAAUUGAGACCCUUUUAGUCAUACCAGCAAUUAAUGCCAAGGUGUCUUUCACUGGUCUUAUGUUUAGCAUAUACCUGCCCUGGGACAAGUUCAGUGGCAACACUGAGGGACAGUGUGUGCCAAAGGAUGUCUGUGUGUUUAACAACACUGAAUAUCAGCCUGGUUCCGUCUGGAUACCAUCGGGAGACAAGUGUCUCAAGUAUGAGUGCGUAAAGAUUCAGGACCAACUCAUCCCAAUCGAGGCUAAGACUGUGUGCCCUGUCUUCCACCCAGAAGACUGCAUACCCGGAACUGAAGUCAUUGCUCCAGAUGGUUGCUGCCAUGUCUGUAUUCCAAUAACUAAGCCAUGCAACGUUACAAAGAGCAAAGUGUACCUGGACAGCAAUGGCUGCAAGUCUGCAAACAAGGUGGAAGUGACAACAUGCAGUGGAUCCUGUGUCACCUACGCCAUGUAUUCUCUUGAGGCCAACAUGAUGGAGCGCUCUUGUACCUGCUGUCGGGAAGAAUCCACCACCAAGAAUGAAGUGGAGAUGAUCUGCCCAGACGGUUCAAAGUUCAACCACUCCUACAUCCACAUCAAUAAAUGUGGCUGCCAGAGAACAGAGUGCGUGACCCCGGAGGAAACCCAGGUCACAAGGAUGCAGUUCCUGGAUCAGCUUGAUGGAACUGACAUUUGUAUUCCUUGUCUCUCAGGAGUGAAUGCUUCACACAAUGACCAGGUCUGCAGCACAUGGGGUAACUAUCACUUCAAGACCUUCGACGGGUACUUUUUCCAGCUCCCCUCUACCUGCAACCAUGUUGUGACCUCACUGUGUAAGAGCAGCUAUGAGGCUUUCAACAUCCAGAUGAGGCGGCAGGUGGUGGACAACCAGCCCACCAUUAGCAAGAUCACCAUGAAGCUGGAUGGUGUAGUGGUGGAGCUAUCCAAGGGUGUUGUUGUGGUCAAUGGGCAGACGGUGACCCUGCCGUUCAGCUUGUCUGGAGUCAGCAUCAUGAAGACUACUUCCAAUGUGAAGGUCGUAGCCAAACUGGGGCUGGUUGCCGUCUGGAACAAGGAUGAUUCCCUAAUGAUUGAAAUGAACGAUAAGUACAGAAACCAGACCUGCGGACUCUGUGGUGACUUCAAUGAAGUCCAAACAUACAACGAAUUCAUCAUCAAUGGUGGGAAACUCUCUAGCUCUGACUAUGGAAACCUCUGGAAACUGGAUGGUCCUUUGGAAGUCUGUGAGGAGCCUACACUAACUUCUGAGGAGAGUUGUGGAGAUGAGGAAUUUUGUCAGCAGCUAUUCUCCAGUGCAGCUUUCAGUAGCUGCACUAAUUAUUUGGACAUGGACGCCUUCAUCAAGACCUGCCUUGCAGACCUGUGCCACUGUGAUAACAGCACCAACUCCUUCUGCCUGUGCAACACUAUCUCAGAGUACUCCCGUCAGUGUGUUCAUGCAGGGGGGAAGCCCCAACAAUGGAGGACUGAACAGUUCUGCUAUAAGACAUGCCCCGACAACAUGGAGUACCAGGAGUGUGGAAGCCCCUGUGUUGACACCUGCUCCAACCCAGAGGCCAGACAAUUGUGUGAAGACCACUGUACAGGCGGCUGCUUCUGUCCUCUAGGUACUGUUUUUGAUGACGUCAACAACAGUGGCUGUAUUCCAGUGAGAGAAUGCCUCUGUGUCCACAAUAGACAAGUAUACAAAUCUGGAGAAUCUUACACCAGCAACUGUAAAGAAUGCACCUGUGCUGGUGGUCAGUGGGCCUGUACAGACAAGGACUGUCCUGGGACCUGCUCUGUGGAGGGAGGAUCCCACAUCAACACCUAUGAUGGGAAAGCCUACACCUUCCAUGGGGACUGCUCUUACAUUCUGACCAAGCAAUGCAAUGGAACUGAAUUCACCGUGCUGGGAGACCUUGUGAAGUGUGGGUUGACUAACACUGAGACGUGUAUGAGGGCUGUUACCCUUGCCCUCUCCAGCAGAUCCACCGUGAUCCGAGUCCAGUCAUGUGGAAGUGUUUUUGUAAAUCAGAUUCUUUCUCAGGUCCCACUCUAUACAGCUGAAGUGACCAUCUUCAAGCCCUCCUCAUUCUACAUUGUUAUCCAGACAACUCUUGGAGUUCAACUUCAGAUCCAGCUUUCACCAGUUAUGCAGAUCUACAUAACUGCCAUCUCAUCCUACAAAGGAACAACCUGUGGCCUUUGCGGAAACUACAAUAAUGUUCAGGCAGAUGAUUUCAGAGUCAUCAGUGGAUUGGUGGAGGGCACAGCUGUAGCUUUUGCCAACACAUGGAAGACCAUGUCUAGCUGCCCUGAUGUCAAGACUAGCUUUGAAAACCCCUGCAGUUUGAGCAUUGAAAAUGAGAAAUAUGCCCAGCACUGGUGUUCCAUGUUAUCAGAUCCUAAAGGAGUGUUCUCGCCUUGCCAUUCUGAAAUAAGACCUGACACCUACAAAACCAAUUGCAUGUAUGACAGCUGUAACUGUGAGAAAAGUGAGGACUGCAUGUGUGCUGCCGUCUCCUCUUAUGUCCACGCUUGUGCUGCCGAGGGUAUCCAGCUCACUGGCUGGAGAGACACUAUCUGCAAUACAUUUGCCACUUGCCCCAGUCAAACAGUUUAUACCUACAACAUGACCAGCUGUGGACGCACCUGCCGCUCCCUGAGCAUGACAGACCAAUCUUGCCAGGUGGAGUUUGUUCCAGUGGACGGAUGUGGCUGUGCAGAGGGCACCUACAUGGACGAGGCUGGCCAGUGUGUUGCCCCCACCAACUGUCCCUGCUAUGACAAGGGCUCGGUGGUCCCUGCAGGAGAGACUAUCAGCAGAGACGGUGCCACCUGCACUUGCAGACAAGGGACACUGAGUUGCACUGGUUCUCAUAUAUCCCCAGUAUGCACACUGCCAAUGGUUUUCUUCAACUGCUCAACUGCACCUCCAGGAGCGUCAGGUUCAGAGUGUCAAAAGAGCUGCAAAACUCUGGACAUGACCUGUAUCAGCACAGAGUGCACAUCAGGUUGUAUGUGCCCCAACGGACUGGUGUCUGAUGGAAAUGGAGACUGCAUCAAGGAGGAACUUUGUCCUUGUGCUCACAAUGGAGCUACUUACCAAGCUGGAGAGACCCUUAAGGUUGACUGCAAUACAUGUACUUGCAAGGACAGACAAUGGCAGUGUACCACAAAUCUCUGUGAUGGAGUUUGUGCAAUCUAUGGAGAGGGUCACUAUAUCACUUUUGAUGAGAAAAGGUUCAACUUUAAUGGAAACUGUGAAUACACUCUCAUUCAGGACUACUGUGGCAAUACAAAUGGCACUGGCAGCUUCAGAGUCCUCACUGAGAACGUUCCUUGUGGAACUAAAGGCACCACCUGCUCCAAGACCAUCAAGCUCUUCCUGGGGACCAGUGAGCUCAUACUGGCAGAUGGGAACGCUCAAGUUGUCAGGAGUACUCCAGAAGAGCAGUUUCCUAAACAGAUCAGCCUUCUGGGGAAUUAUCUGGUCAUUGAAGUCAAAAGUGGUCUAAUCCUCAUGUGGGACAAGAAGACCAGUCUCUUUAUCAAGCUUAGCCCACAAUACCAGGGGCUGGUGUGUGGUCUGUGUGGAAACUAUGAUGGCAACACAAACAAUGACUUCACCACUAGAGCCCAAGCGACUGUUGUUGAUCCGGUGGAAUUUGGAAACAGCUGGAAAGUUUCAUCAAGCUGUCCAAGUGUAUCCGCUGUAGUGCACCCAUGUGCCUCCAACCCGUACAGAGCGUCUUGGGCCCAGAAACAGUGCAGCAUCAUUAACAGUGAUGUUUUCACAGCCUGCCAGAACCAGGUGGACCCCUCUCCUUACUAUGAUGCUUGUGUGAGAGACUCAUGUGCUUGUGACAGUGGUGGAGACUGUGAGUGCUUCUGUACUGCAGUGGCAGCUUAUGCAAAGGCCUGUAAUGAAGCUGGAGCAUGCGUAGCCUGGAGAACCCCUCGAAUUUGCCCACUGUUCUGUGAUUACUACAACCCUACUGGAGAAUGUGAGUGGCACUACAAGGCAUGUGGAGCUCAGUGUAUGAAGACCUGCAGAAACCCUUCCGGAGACUGUUCUAGUUUAAUUCCAGCAUUGGAAGGCUGCUAUCCUAACUGUCCUGCGACACAACCUUACUUCAAUGAGGAGACAAUGAAGUGUGUGGAGAGGGAACAAUGUGGCUGUUAUGACUAUGAAGGAAACCAGUACACCAAUGGACAGAAUCUUCCGGCACAAAAUUGUGAAACAUGCACCUGCACAAUGACUGGAGUGAGCUGUAGUUAUGAUGUAAAUGAUUGUACAUGCUUGCAUAAUGGUAAACAACACCCAUAUGGAGAAACCCUCUACAAUACAACAGAUGGGAUUGGUAACUGCAUAGUUGCUGUUUGUGCCUCGAACGGAACCAUUACCAGGAACAUUUCGCCUUGUAAAGUGACCACAACUCCAGUACCAACCACAACAUCCCCUCUGACCACAACAACUGUCCAUGCAACUACAACACAGACCUCUACAACAACACUAAAGCCCACAACUGUCUUCCACUUCUCAACACCUGGUAAGCAGAGAAGCUCUUGAAUGAUUCAAGUGCAGCCCAAUUUUUGCUAACUACCAUACUGAUAAAUGGAAAUCUUGAUGGAAAUUAAUAGCAAUUUGUAUUUAAGAUGGUAGUAGAGGUCUUCUCGGGUCCAAACAGUUGGACCCGGAACUGAACGGACCCAAGGACAAUCAGACCUGGACCUGAACGGACACGAUCAUUUAAAAUAAAGUGGGACCUGGAGCCGAACAGACCCGAGAACAAUCAGACCCAAACACUAGACCUAGACCCGGCCCAUAGCCUAAUGGGUCCAGGUCUAGACCAGACCUGAUUGGACCCAAGUGACAAACUAAUUAUAUUUAUCAGCCAAGAUGCUCCUCUGGUUAA